AGGUUUUGCUGAUGCUUUAACCGCUUAUCACACAGCUGAAGGGAACUCUCCGACCUCUGCGUUACCUUUCAACUGGUCGUGGACAACAAGCCGCUGACAACACUGUUCCGGACCUCCCACAGCCUGCCACAGGGCAUUCAAGAAAGACUACACGUGGGCACGCCACUUGAAAGGCUGUAGCAUAUGCUGAUGGAAUGAGUGACCUUGUGUUUCAGCUCCGAGCGCUGGUGGCCUGUGCAUGCGAGCGAGGCAAUGCUAGUAUAUGUCAGCCUUCGGGUGAGCCCACAGCACGAUUCCCGCCUGCUCUCCCCUCCCACCACCAUCGUCCCUCCGACUGCCCUCCCUCUCCCCCUCCUCCCCGUUGUGCGCGUCCCAUCGCCGCUCAGCCCAUCGACGUCCUCCUUUGCGGCGGCCCAGCCGUGCUCGCUCGCCGCCCGCUUUACCUCCUGCCGCAUAACGUACCUUCCCACCGCCAGCACCCCGCGACCGCACACGCCUUGCGACCCCUCCCUCGACAGUCCGAUCUGCCUUCAUGGCAGACCGCCUUCCGCAGCAGUAUAAUAUGCACCCAGCCAAUCUUCCUGCCGGUCUUGCCUCCCAGCAACUGGGUCUCGUUGAUCUGCAUCUGAACGUCAAUCUUCAGGGCAUGCAGUCCUCCGAUCAGGCUCGCAUGUGGGCUCGGAAGCAGCAGCAGCAGCCUCAGAUACUUCAGCAGUCGUUUCGCCCUCCUCAACAGGGUGCAGGCAUGAUGGCUAAUGAUCAGACGAAGCAGCAAGUGUGCUCUCCGCUACAUUCUCUCCUUUCCUCCUCUCUGCUUGUAGU